UUCCAAGAAGGUCUAGAAGAUGUCGAAUCACUUGAAAAAAGCCGAUAAAAGAGUUGAGAACUCUUCUCCCUGGUUUACAUAAACCACAAGGAAAGUAAAAAUACUUGGAGAGCUAACAUAUUUUCGUGCUAUUUCUGAGAUCGCAAGUUACAUUCUGAAGUAUUUUCGUCAGAAUACACGUUGACUUUAAUACAUCACUUCAGCUCAUAUUUCUAGCAUGCGAUGUCUACCGAAAAGGUUACUAAAAAACCCGGCAUAAAAUCUAAAGUACCAGAAGUACAAGUAAUAGUACCCAAGGAACAGGUACAUUCUUAUAAGCAGUUUAAGCACCUCGUGGCUGGUGGAGUUGCAGGAGCUGUUUCUAGGACUUGUGUGUCUCCUUUUGAAAGGUUGAAGAUUCUACUUCAGAUCCAAGUUACCGAUGUAAAGUUUAGAGGAAUUAUUCCAAGUCUAAUCAAGAUCGGCAAAGAGGAAGGUAUCCUGGGAUAUUUUAAGGGGAAUGGAACCAACGUUAUCAGAAUCAUUCCUUAUUGUGCAGUUCAGUUUGCUGCUUAUGAAGAAUACAAGAAGCUUCUGAAAAUUCCAGAAGACCAUUCAAAGCAGACACCAGGAAAGCGUCUUGUAGCUGGUGCAAUGGCUGGGGUAACCUCUAUAACAGCUACAUAUCCUUUAGACUUAGUAAGGACACGAUUAUCUGUACAAUUAGAUGGAACAGAAAGAAAAUAUAGAGGUAUCAUCCAUGCAUUUCAAACAAUAUUAAAAGAGGAAGGAGGCUUCUUCAGUGGAUGCUUAUACAAAGGCUUGGUGCCUACUGCAUUGGGCAUUGCUCCUUAUGUUGGUUUGAAUUUUGCUGUAUAUGAAACUCUUAAAGGGGUCAUCUUCUCCCAUCUUGCAUCAGCCCAAGGGACAAGAUUGAAGGUUAUAAAGAGAGAUCAUAAGCUACCCAUUCAAUUUAGGUUAUUAUGUGGAUCUGUUGCUGGGGCUAUUUCACAGUCAUUUACGUAUCCACUAGAUGUUGUACGUCGUCGCAUGCAGAUGAAGGGGCUCAAACAGCAUGAGUUUGCUUACAGAUCUACAUUACAUGCUUUUGUUAGUAUUGUACAAAAAGAAGGAGUUAGGGGAUUAUAUAAAGGAAUAUUACCAAAUCUUAUAAAGGUUGCCCCAGCAGUUGGUAUUCAGUUUGUGGUGUAUGAAACAGUCAAGUCAUUUAUGUAUGGACAACCAGUGCAUUUUCAAUUCACUACAUCCAACUUCCUCAAACUGAGUGCUAAGCUAUCGCAUUAUUGGAGAUUUCUGCCAAAAAUGACGACCGUAAAAGAAGAUGCAGUUUCAAUAUGGUGGGAAAAAUACAUCCCCAAGGGGCAGUUGAUUCAUUUAGUUGCUGGAGGAGUCGCCGGUGGAGUUUCCAGGACUUGUGUAUCUCCAUUAGAAAGAGUAAAGAUGCUAUUACAGAUCCAAACUACAGGCCCUAACGUCAAAUACUCUGGAGUAGCAGGAACGUUGGCAAAAAUCUACACGAAGGAAGGUCUCAUUGGAUAUUUCAAGGGUAAUGGUACAAAUAUUGUACGCAUUGUUCCUUAUACUGCUGUGCAGUUUGCAGCAUAUGAAGAGUUUAAAAAGCUGUUCAAAAUCCCUACUGAUAUAAGAGAACAGCAUCCAGUCAAACGGCUGGCUGCAGGAGCAUCAGCCGGUAUAGUGUCGGCAACAGUCACAUACCCAUUAGACUUGAUAAGGACAAGACUUGCUUGUCAAGGUGAAGGUGCAGAAAGAAAAUAUAGAAACAUCAGACAUGCAUUUGUUACAAUCAUAAGAGAAGAAGGUGGUUUGUUCAGCAAUUGUCUCUUUAAAGGACUUGGACCAACACUGAUUGGAAUCGCUCCAUAUAUUGGUCUGAAUUUUAUGGUUUAUGAAACUCUCAAAGGUUUUUGUCUAAAGUAUUAUCUUGCUGAAGCAGCUGGCCAUAAACUAAGAGUUAUUCACCAUGAUCAAGACCUUCCUGUUGUUGCUAAACUGGGAUGUGGUGCAGUGGCAGGAGCAGUGGCACAAUCUGGAACAUACCCCUUGGAUGUAGUACGGAGAAGAAUGCAAAUGGAGGGAGCAGUCGAGGGACUAUUUAAAUAUAACUCCACUUGGGAUGCAUUUAAGGUCAUUAUUACAACUGAAGGAAUAAAAGGUCUGUUUAAAGGAAUGUGGCCUAAUCUGCUCAAGGUUGCUCCUACUAUUGGCAUCCAGUUUGCAAUUUAUGAAAUAAGCAAGACCUUUUUGAUGGAUCAGUUUGAGGUUUCUGAAUAAUAACAUGGACAGACGGACAAGAUGGAAAGAUAAAGAUAAUGGUCAAGAUAAGCAAUGCUGGAAUAUCAAUUAAAAAGACAGUCUCAACCAGGAAAUCAAUGAAAAGUAAACAGUGUAAAGUAUUUCAUGGUUGAGAUAACGAAAAGAUUUUGAAGGAAUUAAUUAAGAAUAUUAUUUAACCCAUGAAACAGAAUAUCUGAAAGUAUGAUAAGCAUGCACAAACAUGAAUCUUAACACUGUUUUCAUUCAUUUGCUACUUACUGAAGAMAAUAGUAGCAACAUGGAAAUCGGGGAUUAGACAGUCAUCAAUCAAAUAAAUUGUUCCCAAUGUACGUACCUUCUCUCGGUUCCCAUGUACCUUUACAACAUGCUCUAACGAUUUAUUUGAUUGACGUCUAGACUAUAUUAGGAUGAUUUCCCUGUCUCGACUUUGUCUCAACUAGCUUGUAUUACAUGUAGCUUGUACCAAUGAAAACAGAGUAAGAUGAAUGUCAUGCCAAUAUAAUAAUUGUUUUAUGGGUCACAUAGAAAGACAAAAUUAUCAGGGUGUUCAUAUUAGUGUAUUCUCUUUUGUAUUAUAAUAUUAUUAUAAAUAAUAAUUUAAAAAUUAGUAUAAUUUAUGUAAAGAUAAUCUGCAUGUGAUGGUUUCUAUCUCCAAGAAGUUAAAAACAUUGUCAAGCUAAAAGAAACAACAAGAUGCUUGUUGAAAAAAAGACUGAUAUUCCAGUCAACAUUGUGAAGAUAAAAGAGGAGGAAAGAGAAGAAUGAGAAUAGUUCUUUUAAAAAAGUUUAGGAGCUACUGAAAUACUAAUUGAAGGAGUUUUGGCCAUUGUCACCAAAUGUAUGGUAUAUUUUAGAAUUAACUUUAUCUACACAUUCAAGAAAAAUGCCUGAGAAUUCAUUUGGUGGUGAUAUAUAUUUUAGAUAAAUAAAUUUAAAAAUAAUUUUAAGAAUAAUUUUUAUGUUUGUCUCUUGCUCUUGCUUGUUUCUCGUUUCCAGAAAUAAGUGAAAGAAUUUUACCCCUUGAGUUCCUGAAGAUGUUCAGUAUAUAAUGUAAUAUGACACUAGGCAGAGUUAGGGAUUAUUGAUGAAAGCCAUUGAAGAAUGGCUCUAAAUAUGCUGCUAGUCAAUAUAAUGAUAUGGCUAUCUGUGAUAGAUGUAAUAACAUGAUUUUUAAGGCUGGCUGAUAUAUCAGUAGAUAUUGUCAUAAAUUAAUAAUAAUAAACAUUCUAUGGUGUUAUA